AUACAAUUCAAAUAAGUAAAUGAAAACAUGAAUAACAAAUUAUGAAAAACUUUAUCCAAAAAGGCUAAAAAUCUUUUCUAAAUAAUGUAAUUGCUAAAUGUCAAUCGGGAUUAUCAAUAGGGGACAUAUUUCUAAUAGGCUUUCAUUACACUGUGACACUAUUAUAAUGAGACUAUUAUCAUAUGUUUUAAUGGUUUUCUUGAUUACAAAAAAAUGUAUUGUUUAGAGCAUGGCUUUAUGUUACAGGCCCUUCAUACUUCAGUUUUUGUUGAUUUCAUUUGUACUGUAUGUGUGCUAAAAUGCAUUAUUAUAAUAGGAAUGCAGUUGUUCUUUCAUGGAUCAGUCAUAGCACUUCUCUUAGAUUAACUUUUAAACUGGUAUUAGACAAGCAUGCCCUGUCUCACCACAUCUUUUUCUAACAGCAACACAACUUUUUAAUUUCAUAUAUGUAUUUCUAUUUAAUUAUUGCAGUCUUGUAAAGGUUAUUACCAUAGUUGGUACAGAACAGAUUAUUAGCUAGCUGGUAGAUGAUACUGUUCCUAAAAGUUGCCUCUUAGAUUUGAAGUUGCCUAUCAGUCAAAUGUGUUAAACCUCAUUUAGUCCAUUACUUAUUAUGUAAUUUUUAACAAUAUUACAUAUUAUAUGUUUCCUCUUUGAUCAUCACUGGCUAGGAGAUAUAGAAAGCCACAGUCAAAAGAUUGCAGUUAAAAAAAAUGUUCUGAAAACUAAAUUGGUUUAAGGCAACAAAACUUACUCAAAAAAUGUUUAGCUUUGUAUCUUUUUUUUCCACCUGGGUCAGUUGCCAUUUCUGUGCAGAGUUUGCAUGUUCUCCUGUGUUCGAGUGGGUUUUCCACCAGGUGCUCAGGUUUCCCCCAUAGUACAAGGCCAUGUGCUAUAAGUCAAUUGAAUGUAUGGGUGUUUCCCAGUUCUGGGUUGUGGCUGAAAGGGCAUCCUCUGCGUAAAAAAUAUGCUGGAAUAAUUGGCGGUUCAUUCCGCUGUGGUGACCCCUGAUAAAUAUGAGACUAAGACAAAGACAAAUAAAUUAAUGAAUUAUAUCUUUCUUUUUUUUACAUCAGAAACUGUUUUAAUCAUUACAACAUGAACAUUGCUGUUAAACUACAUUUUAAAGAUGUUUUUAGUUGUUUAUAAGGCAAAUAUAAGAACUAUUAUUGCCUUUGCCUACAAUGUGAACAAACCUAUUAACAUAUAUUGCGCACAUACUACUAUUAACAAUGUUAGUCCUAAACAGCUACAGUGUAUACAUUUUAAUUAAAUUGUGGACAACAAGCAAACAAAAACAAUCAACUCAAUAUAAUAACAGUUUAUCACUAUAGUGUUUUAACCACAUUUGAUAUUAAUUUUCUAUAGGUUUAUGUUUAUUAACAUUAGAAUAAGCACGAAAUUAUAUUUUUGGAAAAAAAGCACGUUCUCAUGUUUCAUGCCUUAAAAUUACUUGUUGAACCAUUUAUUGUUCCUAACUUUAUAUGAACUGGGUUGAGUACUUUAGGUUUUACCUAGGCAAGUUCUAAUAAUACGAAUAUAGCAUGACAUAAUAUUUUCCAUAUCAGAAUUACUCACCUGAAUGGUUUGCCGAGUUAAAUACAGGAUUAAUCAAUGUCACAGAAUUAAUAAGUUAGCAGCACAUUUACUGUAAGCAUUGCUGGAACUGGUUUAGGAAUUACUUCAUUAAGGAAGCAUUUUGCUUGAUAAAUUGAAUGAAAUUUCACAAGAGCAACAAAAAUGUUUUGUAAAACACAAUGGCAAAUAUGAAUUUAUAAUGUGCACAAGGAAACAGAGAGUCAGAAACCCCUUGAAUAAAUGGAGAAUUCAUCCUUAUUGCGCAUAAGGCUUUAACUCUGAACAAUAGAGAUGCAGAUUAUGCACAUCAAUAAUAGAUCUCAACAUUUCUCAACUAUGAGGCGAUUUACCCUUCUGAUCACGUACCAGUUUUAUAAUCUGCUGGAUAUCAUAUAAAAGCAAGAUAGAGCAGCUGUAUAUCCAUCAGUGAGAUUCAACACCAAGUCAAACUCAUCAUGAUCUUCACCUUCACCUGCUUUGCUCUGGUGGCCUCUGCUCUGGGUUGUGGAGUUCCUGCUAUUAAACCACAGACGAUCGGCAGCAGGAUUGUGAAUGGGCAGAAUGCCAUAUCUGGCUCUUGGCCCUGGCAGGUCUCUCUCCAGCUCCCCAAUGGUGUCCAUUUCUGCGGAGGGUCCCUGAUUAACCAGAACUGGGUUCUCACUGCUGCUCACUGCCGAGUCCUAGUUGGAUAUCAUCGUGUUGUUCUUGGAGAACAUGAUCGUGGCUCCAAUGCAGAGCCCAUCCAGGUCAGACUAGUGUCCAAGGUGGUCACUCAUCCUCUCUACAGCCGCACAACCCUCAACAAUGACAUCGCACUGCUGAAACUUGUGUCUCCAGUCAAUCUGACUGCUCGGGUCUCUCCUGUAUGUCUGGCUCCAUCAGCCAUCAACGUCCAGUCUGGAACCCGCUGCUUCACUACUGGAUGGGGCAGAACCGCCAGCACAUCGAGUCCUCGUAUCCUGCAGCAAACAAGCGUUCCCUUAGUGAGUCAUGCUGACUGCAGACAGAUCUGGGGUCGAAACAGAGUCACAGAUGCCAUGAUCUGUGCCGGAGGAUCUGGAUCUUCAUCCUGUCGGGGUGAUUCUGGAGGUCCUCUAGUGUGUGAGCGUUCAGGGGUUUGGACUCUGGUGGGCUCUGUGUCCUGGGGUCUCGACACUUGUAACACCCGUUUCCCAGGAGUCUAUGCCCGCAUCUCUCAGCAGCGCUCCUGGAUCAACACGACUGUCACCUCCAAUUAAAGCAGCAGUGUGAAUUUUUACCCCAUAAUCUGAUUUCGGUUACUUGCUGUUGGUCUUUUUAUUAAUCACUAUCAUUAUUCUAGUCAGUCUGAACUUCCUUUAUGUGUCUUAAUACUGUUUUCUUGAUUCAUCUAUACAAAUAUUAUCAAUAAA